AUGAAAACAACACCGACGAGGGCACUAGAAGUCAUCGCCAACUAUACGCCAAUGGACAUCAAGGUCAAGGAACUCGCAAUGAAGACAGCCCUAAGAGUACAUACAUGGGGAUACUGGACAAACACAGGAAGAGGCCACAGCCAGAUCAGAAAGCAGACUGGAAACGUAAAUAUAAUGAAUAUGUAUCUUAUGCCCAAAGACAGGAUCAUCACAGAAUACAUUUUCGAGAAGAAAUUCACGACUACGAUCGGUAGCAGAGAGGAAUGGAAAACAGUUAAAAUACAUGAUAAUUACGACAUAGUCUGCAAGGAGCUCAAUAUCGAAGGGUACAGUAGCCUGGGGAAAUACGCCACAGUAUUCCAAGCGGAAACAGUGGCCAUCUCUAACUGCAUCCAUGAGAUGUUGAGCCUAGGUAUAAGAAGGAAGAACAUCGCGAUAUCCACAGACAGCCGAGCAGCAAUCCUAGCGCUGGACAAGGCAGAAAUAAAAUCCAAGACGACCAAAGAAUAUAAGACGAAGCUGAACACACUGGCCAAGAUGGGCAAAAAAAUAUCAAUAAUAUGGGUACCAGGACACAAUGACAUCUACGGAAACGAAAGAGCUGACAGAUUAGCAAAUCUGGGAUCCGACUCGAUACCUGUCGGACCGGAACCAAUUAUCUCACUACCCGAAACAGCGUACAGGGAAGAAAUAAGGAAAUGGAGAGAGCAGGAAAAGAAAAGAAAAUGGGCAGAGACCGGGGAAUGCACACAAGCAAAAGAAUUACUAGGAGGAGAAACAAACGUAAGAAAAAGAAGCAAGAAAAAAAUCCAAAUGGAGAAACAAAAAGCUAGAGACGUAGUAAGCAUUCUGACGGGGCACGCACUCCUAAAUGCCUACCUGAACAAGAUGGGAGUGAGCGAUACAAGCACAUGCAGGAAAUGCGAGAAAGCAAGAGAAACCACCAAACACAUCCUAUGCGAAUGCUCAAGACUAAUGAACGAGAGACUGAAAUACCUGGGAAACACUUCCUAG